UGACAUGCCUGACCCGCACGCUGCCGCAGUCCCAGCCUGCCUGUUCGCUGCCCUCCCUGCCUGAUGGAGCCAGCGCUGGCAGAGGACCUUCCUCGAGGCGGACGGCUGAGCCCGGUGCAGGAGCGCUAGUGGGACGUGGACGGCUGCGUGUGCCACCCUAGGAGGAAUGAUGGCUCAGGGCACCGGGAGCAUCAACAGCGACUACAAGGAUUGGGAGUGGAGCGCCGAUGCCGGGGAACGGGCCAGGCUCCUGCAGAGCCCCAGUGUGGAGACGGUGCCGAAGAGCGGAGAGAGCCAAGGGAACGGGCUGGGGGCCACGUCGGCUCUGGGAGCCGUCUUCAUCGUGGUCAACGCUGCCCUCGGGGCUGGGCUGCUCAACUUCCCUGCCGCCUUCAGCAUGGCCGGCGGCGUGGCCGCGGGCAUUGCACUGCAGAUGUGCAUGUUGAUCUUCAUCAUCGGAGGCUUGGUCAUCCUGGCGUACUGCUCCCAGGCCAGCAACGAGCGGACCUACCAGGAGGUUGUGUGGGCCGUCUGCGGGAAGGUGCCUGGCGUGCUGUGCGAGGUGGCCAUUGCCGUCUACACCUUUGGCACCUGCAUCGCUUUCCUCAUCAUCAUCGGAGACCAGGAGGACAAGAUCAUUGCUGCUCUGGUGACGGAGCCCGAGGAAGCUGGGAGCAGCCGCUGGUACACGGACCGCAAGUUCACCAUCAGUAUCACCGCCUUCCUCCUCAUCCUGCCCCUCUCCAUCCCCAAGGAGAUCGGCUUCCAAAAAUACGCCAGCUCCCUAAGCGUGAUUGGCACCUGGUACGUCACGGCAGUCAUUAUCAUCAAGUACAUCUGGCCCGACAAGGAGCUGAUGCCUGUGGAGAUCCCCACCAGCCCCUCCACCUGGAUGGCCGUCUUCAAUGCCAUGCCCACCAUCUGCUUUGGGUUCCAGUGCCAUGUGAGCAGCGUGCCCGUCUUUAACAGCAUGAAGCAGCCGGAGGUGAAGACCUGGGGGGCGGUGGUGACAGCGGCCAUGGUGAUCGCUCUCUUCGUCUACACGGGCACUGCUGGUGGGCCCAGGUCAGCUACGGGGUGUUCAUGGUCACCCUUGGAGCCUUCAUCUUUGGACAGACCACUGCCAACGCCAUCUUCGUGGAUCUCACAGCCUGACUCCUCCUCCAGGCUGGACCACGCUGCUGCUAUGGGGAUGCAGAUUUCCCCUAGGACCAAAAGGAAGUAGGGAGAAAACACCUUGGCGUGUUGGGAAGAUCCAAGAGGAGCGUUGUAAUCUGGGGCUUGGCUGAAAGAGCCCUACGGUGGUUUGUAUCUCAUUGUCUUAACACACCAGGCAGUCAGCCUUGUCCUCUCAGCCCUGACUGCCUGGUGAAGCCAGAGCAUCACUACAAGGGGACCUGUAGUCCAGGUCAAGCCCUUUCUGCCCCUCCGGGGUAGACAUCACUACCUUAGACAUCACUAAGGGGUCGCGGUUGGGGUUUGCGAAGGCAUGCUGCUCUCACCCGCGUACCCCUGUGCCGGUGGAGCUCCUCUCCACAGCUUAAACCCCUUCUUCUCCCAACGUUGGAGGGAGACAGUGUGUCUUGCGUAAAGGGAACUAGUAAUCAUGUUUACCAGGCAGGGCGACAUCCCCGUAGUCCUCUUCUGUGUCAGUGUUUGGUUUGGUUGGAACUCUGCUUUCCCGUGGCUCAUCUUGCCGGUCUCCUGCCCUUAAUCUUACAUCUCCCUCCGCCUGGGCUGCGCCUUCUGUUACAAAGUGGGACCGUCGCCUUCAGCCUGAUUGGCAUUUUUUUGGAGGAUCUUUGGAGGAUCAGGACGAGCCCGGGGUGGGGACACACCGGUGCAGUGUUUCCCCUGCCAGGGGUUGCUCACUGGCUAGAGGAGGUGCUGUGGCUGCAUCGAGCUACUGGAAACACUACGCUAGAGCAAAGCUCUGCUCCGAAUUUCCAAUCCUGUUCUUCCAGGAGGUGUCCAGGGAAUGGGACUGGGCCAGGUGUAGGUUUUAAGGGAUGCUUUGGGGAUAAAGCAGUCAGUAUUAAUCCGUUUUAUAUUGUUCCCCUGGUUGUUUCCACUCUCUGUGGCUGGUGUUGCUCUGGGCUGUCCCUGCGUCACCUGUCUGGACGAUAGUUUCAC